GACUCCUGUCUGUCCUCCAGGUUGUUGUACACGUUGUGGUCGGAUCAGAUUUGCUUGUUUGUACCUGGCAGGCAGCAGACUGGGCGCACACCUGGAAGUGAAGCUUCACCUUCAACUCGGCCCUCAAAAAAGCCUCCUCUCGGUCUCCACUGGAGAUAUUAAAGGAAAGAAAAGGACUUUGGCUGCGGAUAAAUAAUUAACCUGACUAACUGAAGCGGUGGUUUACAGUCCAGAGCUGACAUGAGGAGCUGAGCUGAGCUGAGCUGCCUCUGUGUCCAGAGAAGACAGACUGGCCUACAGGUGUUCCUGUAUUUUCUUUAUUCUAAUAUUGAGCUGGAGACACUGUAAUCAUGCUUGGUGCAGAGAGCAGACUGGAGAGCCGGUUGAACAAGCUGGAGUCUCUCAUGAGGAACCCACAGUCGGCUCUAAACUUGGAAACCCUGCUGGAUUCCAUGAGCGCGCUGGCUCACGAUUUGAACUAUCCUGCCCUGCGGAAAAACAAAAACAUCGAGUCCUUUCUGAGCCGAUAUGAAAAGGCGGCGAGUCAGCUGCGAGAGCUGCAGGUAAAGCUUGAAGACUUCGACAAAGUGAAGCUGAUCGGGAGAGGAGCCUACGGUGAAGUGCAGCUGGUCCGCCACAAGGCCUCCCGGAAGGUCUACGCCAUGAAGCAGCUCAACAAGUUUGAGAUGAUCAAGCGGUCGGACUCGGCCUUCUUCUGGGAGGAGAGGCACAUCAUGGCCUUUUCCAACAGUCCCUGGGUCGUCCAGCUGUGCUGUGCUUUCCAAGAUGACCGCCACCUCUACAUGGUGAUGGAGUUCAUGCCCGGAGGCGACCUGGUCACGCUCACCAUGAACUACGACAUGCCGGAGAAAUGGGCUCGCUUCUACACAGCCGAGGUAGUGCUGGCGCUGAACGCCAUCCACGCCAUGGGCUUCAUCCAUCGGGACGUCAAACCCGACAACAUGCUGCUGGACCAACACGGACACCUCAAACUGGCAGAUUUCGGCACGUGCAUGAAGAUGGACUCGACAGGCAUGGUGCACUGUGACACAGCCGUAGGCACACCAGACUACAUCUCCCCUGAGGUGCUCCAGUCUCAGGGUGGUGACGGUUACUACGGUCGGGAGUGCGACUGGUGGUCUGUGGGAGUCUUUAUCUAUGAGUUGUUUGUUGGUGAAACUCCCUUCUAUGCUGAAUCCCUGGUGGGAACUUAUGGGAAGAUCAUGAACCACAACAACACACUCAUCUUCCCAGAUGAUAUACAGAUGUCUCAGGAUGCCAGAAACCUCAUCUGUGCCUUUCUUACUGACAGGAAGGUUCGUCUGGGCCGCACCGGAGUGGAUGAGAUCAAAGUCCACCCUUUCUUCAAGAACGACCAGUGGACCUUCGACAACAUCCGAGAGACUGUGGCUCCAGUUGUGCCCGAGCUGAGCGGUGACAUCGACACCAGUAACUUUGACGACAUAGAGGAAGAUAAAGGAGAUGCGGAGACCUUCCCUCCACCCAAAGCCUUCGUGGGCAAUCAGCUACCAUUCAUCGGCUUCACUUACUUCAAGGAGGACCAGUUGCUGAACGGACAAAACAACCGCUCUGUGGAGGAUUCAGAGGACAGUAAGGAAAACUCUGAGGACAAGGACAGUAAGAACGAGCUGCAGAAAAAGCUCCAUCAGCUGGAGGAGCAGGUCGACCAUGAGAUGCAGGCCAAAGAUGAGCUGGAGCACAAGUGCAAAAAUGCCACCAACCGUUUAGACAAGCUGGUCAAAGAAUUAGACAAGGAGAUGAAUAGCAGGCAGAAAGUGGAGGCUUCGCUGAGGCAGCUGGAGAGAGAGCGAGCUCUGCUGCAGCACCAGAGCGCCGAGAACCUGCGCAAGACGGAGAUUGAAAGUGACAGAAAACGCAGCCUGGAGAACGAACUGAACAAUCUGAGGGACCAGCUAGAGGAUCUUAGGAAGAGGAACCAGAAUUCCCAGAUCUCCAAUGAGAAGAACAUCCAGCUGCAGAGACAACUCGAGGAGGCCAACGGCGUGCUGCAGGCCGAGCAGGAGGCGGCGGCGCGGCUGAAGAAGAGUCAGGCAGAGGUGCAGAAGCAGUGUCAGAGCUUUGAGGUCAGCCUCAGAGAGAUGCAGGAGAAGUGCGGCCAGCUCGAGAGCAGCAAGAUGGAGCUGGAGAAGCAGCUGAUGGGGAUGCAGGCCGAGCUGGAGGAGGAGAGGAGAGACCGCAGCCUCGGGACAGAAACUAUUACUGACCUGCAGGGACGCAUCUCUGGCCUGGAAGAAGAGGUGAAAGAGGUGAAGUCUUCCCUCUCCGAGGUCCGGACUGAGAAGAAGCAGCUACACGAGAAGCUCAACGACCUCGAGAAGGAGAAGGGCAACCAAGAGAUCGACCUGACGUUUAAGCUGAAGUCGCUCCAUCAGAGUCUGGAGCAGGAGGAGGCCGAGCACAAGACCACCAAAGCCAAGCUGGCAGAUAAAAACCACAUCUACCAGUCCAUCGAGGAGGCAAAGUCCGAGGCCUUAAAAGAGAUGGAGAGCACCCUGCAGGACGAGCGCAGCUUGAAGCUGCAGGUGGAGGGAAAGCUGCUGCAGCAAGAGAAGGACCUAUCCAUGCUGGACUGCGACUACAAGCAGGCGCAGCACAAACUGGGCGAGCUGCAGGCACAGAAGGAGAAACUCUCUGAAGAGGUAAAGAGCCUGAACUCGCGUCUGGACCAGGAGAUCCACAAGCGGAGCAUGAGCCAGAGCGACCUGAAGAUGCAGACCCAGCAGGUGUCGGUGCUGCGCUCCUCAGAGAAACAGCUCAAACAGGAACUGAACCACCUCCUGGACAUGAAGCAGGUCCUGGAGAAACAGAUCCAGGAGCUACGCAGGGAGAAGCAGGAGGCCGGCGGCCAGCUGAAGGAUCUGAAGGACCAACUGGAGGCUGAGCAGUAUUUCACAACCCUUUACAAGACGCAGGUCCGUGAGCUGAAGGAGGAGUGUGAUGAGAGGAAUAAGCUGUACAAAGAGGCGCAGCUACGACUGGCAGAAUAUCAGGAGGAGAGGGGUUCCAUGACAGCCCAGCUGGAAGCCAGUCUGACCAAGGCGGACUCUGAGCAGCUGGCUCGCUCCAUCGCCGAGGAGCAGUACUCGGAUCUGGAGAAGGAGAAGAUCAUGAAGGAGCUGGAGAUCAAAGACAUGAUGGCGAGACACAAGCAGGAGCUCGGCGACAAGGAGGCCACCAUCAGCUCGCUGGAAGAGUCCAAUCGCACCCUGACGGUGGAUGUGGCCAACCUGGCCAGCGAGAAAGAGGAGCUCAACAACCAGCUGAAGGAAAUGCACCAACAGCUCCAGAAAGCCAUGGAGGGGGAGAAGCAGAUGAGCUCGGUCAAACUGUCCUUUGAAAAGCUGGUGCAGAAUGAAAGGACGCUAAAAAUUCAGGCUGUCAACAAGCUGGCCGAGGUGAUGAACAGGAGGGAGACGGUGCGAGGAGGCCACCGGAGCAUCGGCAACGAGGUGCACAGGAAGGAGAAGGAGAACAGGAAGCUGCAACUGGAGCUGAGGACGGAGAAGGAGAAGCUCAACAGCACCAUCAUCAAGUACCAGAGAGAGCUGACGGAUAUGCAGGCGCUGAUAGCAGAAGAGAACCAGGUUCGUCUGGAGCUUCAGUUGGCGUUGGACAGCAAAGACAGCGACAUCGAGCAGCUCCGUUGCCAGAUCACUUCCCUCAGCGUUCACUCUCUGGACUCCACCAGCAUCAGCAGCGGCAACGACCUGGACGCGGGUGGUGACGGAUACCCAGACUCCAGGCUGGAGGGCUGGAUUUCACUUCCUGCCAAGAACACAAAGCGGUUCGGCUGGGACAGAAAAUAUAUAGUUGUGAGCAGUAAGAAGAUCCUGUUCUACAACAGCGAGCUGGACCGAGAGCAGGCCAACCCUUUCAUGACCCUGGACAUCGAUAAGCUGUUUCAUGUCCGACCAGUCACUCAUACUGAUGUGUACCGUGCAGAUGCCAAAGAAAUUCCAAGGAUAUUCCAGAUCCUGUACGCCAACGAAGGCGAGAUUAAACGUGAUCAGGAGUCUGCGGUGGAGCCCGCGACGUACGCCGAUCGUCCCUCCUACAUCAGCCACAAGGGCCACGAGUUCAUCCUCACUAUGUACCACUUCCCAUCCAGCUGCGAGGCGUGCACUCGGCCCCUGUGGAACGUUUUCAAGCCCCCGCCGGCCCUCGAGUGCCGCCGCUGCCACACCAAGUGCCACAAAGAUCACCUGGACAGGAAGGAGGAAGUUAUCUCGCCCUGCAAGGUGAACUAUGACAUAUCCACCGCCAAAGACUUGCUUCUGCUGACUAACUCCCAGGAGGAGCAGCAGCGCUGGGUCAGCCACCUCCUCAAACGCAUCCCGAGGAAACACCCGACCAUGAGUCCUCCCUCCGCAGCACAAAACAUCCCUCCUGAGAAGACAUCGCGCUCCUCUCCGCGGCCCUCCCCGCGACAUUCACCCAGGGGUUCGCCUCUUAUGACGAGCCAUCGCGGAGCCAUCAAGAUCCAGCCCAGCAGACAGUCAUCAGGGAAAACCAGCGCUGGCCCCAUGCUCCGUAUCAUCCUCCACUGACCUUUGACCUCUGACCCCCACCAUUCUAACAUCUCUCAUGCUGGGAGACUAUUGCUUGAGUUUGGCCUGAAAGACUGGAAUUGGCAGUUGGAUGAUGCCGAUAAUGAUGAUGAUGAUGAUCUGUUCUUCUGAAGGAAGUGACAGAGGGGGGACGGAGGUUAACCCUGGCUCAAAGAUGUGUAUUUUCAUCUUUGUGGAUUAAUGACCGCCGUCUGGACACAGUGCCUACGUGUGUUAUUUUUUCAGGGAAGUAGACUGGAAAAAAAAAAAAAAACACUAAUCAUGGACAGAAAGUGGCCGUCGCCAUGAGAACCGGAGCUGCCUUUUGUCAUUUUAACAAGAAGAAAAAUGAGCAUUCAUAUUAGAGUGAGACUUCAUCUAAAGAAAAGUACCAAAAAAUAACUCACUCUGUGAUUAAAACUGCCUUAUUAUUAUUAUUAUUAUUAAUAAUAUAACCAUCCUGACAAAAACAUGGACAUUUUAUUCUGUCAGAUGCGGCGACUCACGUGGAUUUGUGUUUGUGAGGUGUUAGGCAUGUGUGCGUGAACAUUUUGUAAAUAGGAUCAAGAGGUCUGUUUGUGUAUUGUGUAACACAGAAAGUGUAGCUCAUAGUAUGAUUUAUUUUUAUGGAUAUAAGUCAGCAGCACAUUAUACAGUAUAUGCUUGUCUCUGUAAAUGAAUGCAGUUUUCAUUACACAAAGUAGAUCCAUCACAACAUGAGACACAAUAAUGUGAAUUGAACAGAAACGAUGUGUUUUCUUCUCGCCGUUCAUGACAAAUUCAAAUAAAUUACCCUGGAAACAAAUAA